AUGACUCACCCAUGUGACCAUUUGAAUGAGAUUCUCUCUGCUGCUGCUGCCGAUAUUCUCUUUCAACCUCCCGUCUCAACAUUAAACGCAGUUGUGUUCCACACGGACGACGUCAUAAAAGUGGCGAACAAAUACGGCAGCAAGCUCCACGACCCGUCGUUCGCUCCCCCUACCUCAUCCAAAAUCGACCUAAUCCACUCGAAAUCACGAUACCCGACACCAUUCACUAUACUCGCCACCCUCCUCAUUCUCCUCACCUCCCUCCUCUCGGGUAUCUCGUCCGGCAGAUUCCCCGCCACUCCCGCUAGAAGCGAAUAUAUCAGAGGCGCACCUUCCUUAAGCACACCUCCGGAAGCUUCCGCCAGCAGGGCACCAAAGGCUACCCCCUGGCCAGCCUGGAUACAGAACCUCACCAUCGUGUCCAUGUCAACAAUCUGCUUUAUAUUUACUUCCGUUUCCACCCGAUCCCCAGCGUGCAUGCUUGCAGCCACCGCCUCGAGAUUUUCUCGAUUCGCGCGCAAAGUCGUGUCUAUGCAGUUGAGGAGUGCGGCCGUGUGCUCCUUCAGCAUCCUGUCCAGCCUGUCGACUCCAUAG